CGCAGGAGGACCGGCGGCAUCAGCUGGAGAGGCGGACGAACGGGAGGAAGUGGCCGCGAACGCACCUCCACACCUUUCCGGUGAGGCAGCUGCGACCAGCUCCGGCUAGAGGAGGAAGAGGGGAGCCGAGGCAGAUUGUCGAAACGACAGGGGGUGGAAACGAGGGGCUGCUGGAGUUUUCGGGCGUGGAUACUUGUGUGGCUGAGCCUCGAGGGUUUUUGAUCCCAUCAGCACGCUGAGGUCGCCCGGCGCGACGCUCUCAAAGUAGCCGCGGAAAGCUGCCUGUUCCCCCGCGGAAAGCUGCCUGUUCCCCCGCGGCGGCGGCGCCAGGGCGAGGAGCCGCACCAGCACCACGACAAGACCUCUCUCUUUGGGGGAGUCUCACAUAUAUGUAGGCGAAGUGGGGAGUUUCCAGUCGCCACGGCCCGUUUCCCCCCCACACACAUCUUUAUGUUCAUUUCGGAUGAACAAUGACCGUCCGGCAACAGCUGCUGCUGCCAAGUUGUUAGUCCGACCGUGUCAUGUUGCGUGUAGGCCAGUAACACAUUGUGAUACUCCACUCUCUGCACUCAACGGGAUCCUGUCUGUUAGGUUUAAAGAUUUGUGUGCAUAUUUGACUCUUUCGCCCACCGAAUCAUGUUCCAUCUGUAGCUCUAUUCUCGUACUGAAGCUACAUUGUAAGUGAAUUAUCACCAGCAGAGCACCGGAAGCUUUUCUCUGAGGAACAAAGUAUUUAUGCACAAGAGGUCAACAUGGGGAAAAUGCUCUCGAAAAUCUUUGGCAACAAGGAGAUGAGAAUACUGAUGCUUGGACUGGAUGCUGCUGGAAAGACAACGAUUCUUUACAAACUGAAGCUGGGGCAGUCUGUGACCACAAUCCCCACAGUUGGAUUCAAUGUAGAGACAGUCACCUACAAAAAUGUCAAGUUCAACGUGUGGGAUGUCGGAGGGCAGGACAAGAUACGUCCCCUGUGGCGACACUACUACACGGGCACCCAAGGCUUAAUUUUCGUGGUGGAUUGCGCGGACAGGGAUCGCAUUGAUGAGGCAAGGCAGGAACUUCACCGCAUCAUUAAUGACCGGGAGAUGAGGGAUGCCAUCAUCUUGAUAUUCGCCAAUAAGCAAGACCUUCCAGAUGCCAUGAAGCCACACGAAAUCCAAGAGAAGCUGGGAUUGACACGUAUCAGAGAUAGGAAUUGGUAUGUUCAGCCCUCCUGUGCAACCACAGGUGAUGGACUGUAUGAGGGUCUGACAUGGCUAACUUCAAAUUACAAAUCUUAAUGAUCAAGUGCAGGCAUUUUUAGGUCAGAACUUCAAUUAAGUUGCAAGUAACAAAUAACUUCUCAAAAUGAUUAUGGUUAAGGAAAGUUGAUUAUCUUUCAUUUAUUUUUAAUACUUUGUUUACCCCAUGACUAAUUUAUCUUUAACUGGGUUUGCCAGCUUAAAGUUUGCUUGUGUUCUGUAGCAGGCCUAUAUUACAUCCAUUAUUGUUGGUGGGGGUGGGGCUUGUUUUGAAUAUUGAUUAAUUGGUCCUUAGGUUAAAGCCACAGAGAUCACCGCCUUUGCCUUUUUUUUCUUUUUCUUUUUUUUUCUUCUUGUUUUUAAUUGUUUUUGUAAUGAAGUUUCUAUCUUCAUUCUUGGACUAAAGCUUGUUUCAAGGUUCUUCUGAUUCAUUGAACUUAAAUCUUUUUUUUUCCCUUUUGAAGGUGAGCUCUUUAAUGUCAUGUAGCCUACAUGAAGGACUUUGACAUUUGUGUUAACACAGUACUGUGAUUUUAAAAAGUAUUCCUUCUCAAGGAUUUUGAGAAAGUGGGGGAAUUCAAUAAGAAAAAAAAAUGCAGCAGUACUUAACAUUUCAUUGUCAUUAUUCUGGGCAUCAGAGAGAGGAAAAAAAAGUAUAUUUCCAGCACAUUUUGUCACCCCCUCCAAUACCCUUUUUUGGGCUAUAUAGCUAACUGAUUGACUUUUUGUGUCAUGUCUAUAUCUAAUUGUGCUGAGUAUUCAACAAAUAGGCCUCCAAUAACUCUCAAAGAUGCUUGUCAGGAUGCAUUUUUAAUUAAGGGUGAUAAGUAGUUGGUUAACUCAAUCUUUCCAAAAGAAUGUCAUUCAGCUAUUUGCUCUCAAUCUGAUACCACAGUUGAUUAGUCUCAGUAUUGAGACGUUAUAUGAUAGCCUAUAUCUGUAGCAUGAGUACAUAAGUACAUUAACCCUUCAUCAGAGUCCAUCUGUCAUGCAGUCAGAGGGAGCUGUUAGCUGGUGAGAUGUGGAAUGACAUUCUGUGGUGCAGCUCUUACUUCUGUUGACUGGGGGAACAAUGUACAAAACAAUGUCAUUGUAAUGUCUUAUUAAAAAAAACUGAUUUUAAAUCUUUAAUGUCUGUUUUUCAAGGAUUUGGCCUUUUGAUGAAGUAAUUUGUUUGUCACUGCAUAUCCUGUUCUUUUUAAAGAGUAUUGGAAAAUACAAGAGCAGA